AUGGAGCUAGAUGGACAUUGGCUGGGGAUUAUUCUUGCUGCUCUUUUCUUUGAGUGUAAAGGAGAAGACAGAGUGAUCCAGCCACCAGGAGAUGUCAUUACUACUGAAGGAGAGACACUUACUCUUGGCUGUACAUUUGAGACCAGUGACACCUAUUCUUAUUUGUUCUGGGUACCUGCUCGCCUCGACCGUGGUACCCCGUCCUUCUUCCUCCAUUGCAGAUUAGAACUGCCUCAUACAAUGCAGAGCACAACAAGACAACGUGCUGCAACCAAGGAGAAUGUGACUGCUACUGAAGGAGAGGCAGUAACACUUGGCUGUCAAUAUAGCAGCAGUUCAUCUAAUGAUUAUCUCUUCUGGUACAAACAGGAUGGAAACAACAGCCCCAAAUUUAUUCUCAGCCGCUUUAAGAUUGGAGAGGGGAAAACAAAGCACGAGUUCAGGGACAGAUUUUCAUCUACACUCAAUUCCAAGAUAAGAUCAGUUCCUCUGAAGAUCUCCUCAGCUAAGCUGUCUGACUCUGCUGUGUACUACUGUGCUCUGAGGCCCACAGUGACAGGAAAAAUGCAGAGCACAACAAGACAACGUGCUGCAACCAACAGGAGAUGUGACUGCUACUGA